AUUAUAAUUAUUUUACAGUAUGUUAGAUGAUUUCGGCAACGAAUUCGACACAACUGAAUCUAAAUUAGAUUCUACCAUGAAAAAGAUGGCUAAAGUGUUUCACAUGAAUAAUGAUAAACGUCAAUGGGCAGCAAUUUUAAUACUUUCGAUACUUCUUUUAAUUGUGAUAAUAUUAUACAUCAUUUUGUAAACAAAAUUAAGUUUCGUAUUCCUUGCUACUUUAAAAAAAUUGAUUUUAGCUUUUAAAAUGUUAGUUUCUAGUUCUUAA